UAUGAUUGGCUGCCGAUCAGCCGCAGAUCUUUGCCCUGCUCUCGCGCUGGAAACAUAUGACAUAGAGAUGGGCUCGCGGGGCCCGUGGGCUUGAAAUCAGUCUAUGCAUGCGCUGUAAAGAUUCACGAUCUGCAUCAUUCAGCAUCUGCACGUCCACCCAACCGAUUCACAUCUCACCGCGGAACACCAUUGAGAGGAACGGAACACAAUUCGGCAUGUGCAUACUCCGAUUUAACCAUUUGAAUGUUUAGAAGCCGUAUUUUGUGCUACACUUCUGUCAUUGGGAUGCGAUGCGCUCUUUAUUGAGGAGACUGGCGCGAGCGCGUUAUUAUUAAUCAGCUUUCAUAAGGCGCGCGAGCUGUUAGACAGGUGUUUUCGCUUGUUUCCACCACCUGCCCUGGUAUCAUGAUGUUAGGGCAAUCUCCACACCUCAUCGGGGGGAUCCUCUGGAUUCAAAACCCAAUGCGAGCUGUCCACUGCAAUCUGACCCAGAAUGGGAUCGACCAUCAGGUGUGCACAGAGGAAGUGACAUCACACCGGGAGGAAGUGUCUGUUGAUCAUGGACUGGAUGACGACAGUCUGGGGUUUCUGGACCAGAGUCCUGGUUUCCAGCACAGAUCUCCACCCCAGCGCUCCGUCUCCGAAUCGGAGCUUUCCAGGCCGGGAACCGUGAAGCUGUCCAAACCGGUGGCGCUGUGGACCCAGCAGGACGUGUGUAAAUGGCUGAAGAAACACUGUCCCAAUCAACACCAGGUCUACAGUGACUCCUUCAAGCAGCACGACAUCACAGGUCGAGCUCUGAUGAGGCUCACUGACAGGAAGUUGGAGCGAAUGGGCAUCAUGCAGGAGAGUCAGAGACAGUUCAUCCUACAGCAGGUUCUCCAGCUCCGCGUCAGAGAAGAAGUCCGAACCCUGCAGCUGCUCACGCAAGCCUCUCUGGAGAGUUCGCCGUAGCUUGAGCAAUCCUGGAGAUCCUCAGUUCCCGGUCCAUCUUCCACGACGUCCACAGCACACUCCAGACUUUCAUCCCCUGCGGUCUUCCUUCUUUUAAAGCAGAUCUAUACCUCCCUCUGAUCAAAACAAUCCUGAAAUGGAUCCAACUGAUCUUCAGUAGCUCUUUUUACAGCGUAUCAGCAUAUACAACCUCAAAGAAUCGUCUGGACUAUUGAUGUUCUCUACUGGACAAUGAGAAAGACUCGCUGCUGAAUUGUGUUGUGUGUAAUCCUGAAGUGUAGCACUUUAACCUCUCUUCCUGCCAGUCCUCUGUAUCUAUCUAUCUAUCUAUCUAUCUAUCUAUCUAUCUAUCUAUCUAUCUAUCUAGGUAGCUACACUGUAAAAUA